AUGUCUGGGCGAGAAGGGGCGUCGAGGACUCGAGGGGGCCAGACCGUCGAAGCGCGCGUAUCAGCGUCCAGAAUUCAGAUCCAAGGCCGGGCCCCCAGAGCCGGCAGUGGGGACAAAAUGCCGUUUCAACUGCCUCCGGCCGGGGCCCCAGACACACCAGACCCGUGGAGCGUGAUGCCAACUGCGGGUCGGCCAUCGGUCAAGCUUGCCCCGAACAUUGAACGCGGAUUGCGUCACCCAAUUCAGCUCACUGGGCACAUGUGCGCUCUCUCCAUCGGGGUCGGUAUCCGAGAAUGUGUAGUCGGCCCGCAAACAGGUGCAUCGUACAUCACGAGGUCGCCGGGGGCCGCCGUGCCAGUUGUCGAGUGCUGCCAGGGCGUCAUCCUGCUGGACCUUCUGCUUCCGCCUCUCUUUAUGCACGCUCAGCGAAGUCCUUGUCUCAUGUUUCGAGCGGGGUGGCGUUUACUUACCGAUGCUAUAGUUCAAGAUGCCCACAAGUGA